AUGUACACGUUGUGUCGCAACAAAUUCAUCCGCGUGGUUUUAAGUCAAAAACACGGAUGACUUAACUUCUUAUCGUAAAGCGGCGUUUUCUUCGGUCGGUUAUAAACUUCGUCAGUUUUAAAAAGUAAAUCUUAUGAAUUGCAAUAGAAAAAAUAUAUAUAUGUAAAGAAGCAGUAUGCGAAAAAGUGAAGCCGUACAACUGCGUUUGGUGUCUUCGUGCCAUGAUGUACAAAGCGACUCGAAACAUAAGGAUUUCGAGUCCGCACCGAACUUUGUUGCCGGAAAAGUGUCUAGUUCUUCAAUUCAUGAAGUGUCUCAGAACGACAUCGAGAGAAAGGGAACUUCUUCGAACGAGUUAGAAGAUGGUGAACUGAUUGCUCCACACCUCAGCUUUCCUCUCUGAAAGAUACAUCUUGUGAAAUGCAGACUGUUUCAGACAAGAUCAAUUCAUUUGCUGAGAAACAUGAGCUGAAAUUUGACAUUCCAUGUGAUGUAGAAAAUAAGGGCUUACCUUCCCUUGCUGAGGAGAAUUCUGCACAUUUUCAUUCUGCUGAAAAUAAAGAAAAUCAAGAAGUUCAUGGAACAACGAGUGGUGGAUCUUCUCACAAUGAUGUAAAAGGACAGGAUGAAAAUUCUAAAACUGUUAAGAAUUCCCAUGUUGAUAAUCAUGCAACAGAUCACAACUAUGCCUGUAGUGGAUCUCCACUGAGAAAACCUAUUCAGUUGAAACCAGAAGAUGACAAUACUUUGAAAGAGUCUAUUCUGAAAUGUAGUCCUCAAAAGUCUCUGGAUAUGGAGAAUCAUCAUCACUCUAUUUCUGAAGAAACUGGUCCAAACCGUUACUCACACAAGAGAAGGUUAAGCUGUGAUGAUCAUUCACCAGACAGAAAGAGGAGACUUCCAAAGCGCUAUAGAGGUGCGUACUGUGAGGAGAGCUGUGGUGGCGAAAGCAGUUGUGAUGAAGAGUAUCACUACAGGGAAAUGAGCACUGACAAAGAUAAAGACCAUAAGAGACAGAAUAGUUAUCGGAAGUUUAGUUACAGCUCUGAUGGAGACAGAAGUUGUUAUAAAGGAAGCAAUCGUAGACACAGCAUGUGCUCAAAUGACAGUUAUGAUGGACGAGAGUAUUCCAGUUCAGAUGAGGAGUGUAAGAAUGAAAGGACAUCCCGAUAUGAUCCUAGACGUUCUGAAUCUGACUGGCAGCGCAAGCAAUCAAGUGGUAGCGACAGAGAAGCAGACCAUCACAGGAGCCCUCACAACAGAAGAAGGAGGAGGAGGUCUCGGAGUAAAGACCCCACUGAAAAGAGAAAUGGUGUCACAAAGAACAAAACAUUCCAUGAUAUUGAAUUUGAAAGAAAACUAGAAUUCAAGUUUGACCAUAACAUCAGGAACACUGCAAAGGAAGAGAGACGUAUUGUGUACAUUGGUAAAAUAUCCAAUAAGACAACAAAAGAUGAUGUAUUCAGAAGGUUUCGUCCAUUUGGGCCAAUUGAAAAAGUUACUGUCCACUUCAGAGAGAAAGGUGACAACUAUGCUUUUGUGACAUUUUUUGAAACCUCCUCUGCUGCUGAAGCUAUUGAAAGGGGAAAUGAAGACUCACGACUUCCUGUCUUGGAUCUUUGCUUUGGUGGAAGAAGGAAAUUCUGUGGUGGUAGCUAUGUAGACUUUGACUCGAAUGCCAGUUAUCUUGAAGAACAGGAGCUGAGCCGACCGCCAUCAUCAGAUGAGAUGGAUUUUGAUGCCCUACUUAGAAUGUCACAGAAAAGUUUAAAAAGCAGAAAGGAAUCUUGCAAGGGAAGAUAUAUGUACUAAUGUAGAGAAAAAGAUGCUGGUUGUUAAAGCUGUGUCAUCAAAUGUCAAGAU